UCUCGUACUUCUUAAGCUUUAUUUUUUAAUUUUAGCCUCUUUUUAUAGCAUGUUCUUACACCUAAAGCUGAAGCUCACCUCAUUGUUAUAGGUGGCCGUUAUCUGCUUUCACGUGAACCCCUCUGUUGACCCGGCACAUGAAUGGACAGCAGAAUGAAAAAGACUAAACUGUAAUACAAGAUUUUGUGGUUAGAGAAAAGACAACAAAGAUGGACCUGCAGACAAUCCUUUAUCACCUGCUGCUUUUCUGCUUUGAUCCAUCUACAGCCACAAGCCUCAUAACAGCAGAUAUAUUUGAAGCCAGAGGCCAGCGCGUGUGCAAGGCAGGAAAAGGGAAGCCAUGCUAUAAGCUGGCCUACUUCUCCGAGCUCCGCCGUAAGCUGAACUUCAUGGAGGCAGAACGCGCCUGCAGACGGGACGGGGGUCAGCUCCUGAGCGUGGAGUCUGAGUCCGAGCAGAAGAUCAUAGAGCAGCUCAUCACAGAGCUCCGCCCAACUGAUGGAGAUUUCUGGAUAGGUCUCCGCCGAAACCAUGGAGGCGAGGAUAGCAACUUGGACUGCGCUUCCCAGUAUUACUGGCUGGAUGGUAGCAAGUCCACAUUUAGGAACUGGCACUGGGAUGAGCCAUCGUGUGGUUAUGAGGUGUGCGUUGUAAUGUAUCACCAACCGUCCGCUCCUCCUGGUAUAGGAGGGCUCUACAUGUUCCAGUGGAACGACGACAAUUGUGAAACCAAGAACAACUUCAUCUGCAAAUACACUGCAGAGGAGCCACUGGAUCCUUCUCCUUCACCUAACUCCACUCAAACAGAUGUCUUCUCUUCACCCGUGGUGCCGUGGAAUCCAAAUGAUCACAACCACAACCAAACAGUUCUGAAUUUGGUUUACAUCAUCAUUCCCACCAUUCCCCUCAUACUGCUGCUGCUGACAGUGACAGGCGUCUGCUGCUUCAAGCUGAUUGUCCGACGGAGGAGGAAACAGCAGAAAUCCGAAGUAUGUCAAACAGACCCAGGACUGUGCCCAAGCCCAACUUCAACUGAUGUCUACAAUGUCAUUCGUUCCCAGAAGGAUGACGACCUCGUGUCAGCUCGCCCGCAGACCAAGAACACCUCCUUUUUAUGCUCCUCCCCUGACACACCAACCGGUGACUACGAUAAUCUGGGGGGCCGGGACACAGAGAGCGGCUUUGUGACACUUGCGAGCACAGAGAGCUGUUUCCUAAACUUUGACCUCAACGACCUCAGCCUCGGGCGCCGUGGCACUCGUGACUUCUGCGACACCAGCUUGGGCCGCUCAGGGAAGAGGGACGUGAGUGGCAGCAGUUUGGGUCGGACGGGUCACAGAGAGUUCUACGACAAGAGUCUGGGUCGUCGUACAACGAAGAGCGAGCAUUUCGGCAGCACCCUUUACAGGGACCACGGACUGUAUGAUGGCAGCAUCACAGCAGGGAGUGACCUCUAUGAUCCCAAACUAAGACCCGGAGGUCACACAGGAAAGGCUGACCUGUAUCAGACAUACAUCACCAAUGGAAAGGAAGACACUUACCGAACCAGCCUCGGAACCUACGGAAACCGAAAGUCCUACAAUGCAAAUGUGGAUUGCUACAGAAAUGGGCUGAAUUUGGACGGUGGAAGAAGAUACUUCAACGAGCAUGAAUGGAUCAACAGGGAAAACUACUGAUCGCCUCAAAAUCGGCUUUAUUAUGUGUACAGCACUGAAUGAGUGAAUGACACUGAGAGAGUGGCUAAAGACUGUGCAUGGUUUUAAAUGUUUCUAGCCUGUUACCUGUUUAAAGGACUGAAAAUCAGGUUGAAAAAAUAUAUAAUUUAUAUUUUAUUGCUGGCCCCAUAAUUCAGCCUGUAGCCUGCUGGUAGACUAGUCUGUGUAGGAAUUCGUUUGUGGUAAAUGAACACAAUUUUGUCUACGAAUACUAAUCGGGUGGUGCAAAUAAGCUAUAUUUGUUUAUGCAGACAGUUUGAUGUGCUCCUGUUUCGUGAUGUCUCCACAAGAUCUCAGCCUCUUCCUCUACAGUGAUGCUCACUGAAUGAACGCAAAUCAACAAAAAGAUUCGGGUUACUCAGAAUGAUUCAGACCUACUGUAAUGAAUUUCUUUUGAAGACAAGGUCAUAGGAUUAUUUGUGACUUUAUUACAUGGAGGCAGGGGCAGAAAUACAUCAAAGCAACAAUAACAAAAGGGGAGUCUGUUACUUGCAUCUCCACAAUUUUACGCAUUGAUUUCUGUUUACAGUUUACCCUGAAGGGGCUGCGUAUAAUGCCUUAAACGAUGUCCAUUCAAUCUGUGCCGUUCUGUGCUUUAAAACUUUCAAAGGCGGAACAAAAAGUUUUGUAGGUUUGGGGGUUAGAGGAAAUAAAAAUGCAUGGAAUAAUAAAGACAAUGUCUCAGGUUAAAGUUUCGUCCUAUUUAAAAAUGAUCCAAAGUGAUAAUAUUACACAAGAUCAAUUCCAAACCACCGGAGUACCCUUGACACAAACGUCACCACCAUGGUAAAGCCUCCAGAUUUAAAAAUUUCUGGACCUCACUAAAGCAUCCCCAUAUAUUUCAAUAUAUGCAUGCAUAGGAAGUUUUUGGAAAGAGCCAUAAUACAGUUUACAUUACAGAAAUGACCCAGUAAAGAAGCACCUACUGUAAGCUAAACUCACCUUUUCUUGUGUACAUUGCAUCAUUACCAAAAUGUGGACGUUUACGGUUGACUCUGAGGAUUCUGAGCAUCUUUGUCUAUAAAAGCAUGUGUGUUUUCAUGUGUGUGUAGCAGCCUGUUUUGCAUGGUCGUGUCAUGCUGUGCUUGCUUGGUAAGAUAACUGAGGUCUUGGACUGUUAUGUUUGCUGUGCUUGAAAACUGUUAAGUACACCCAAGUAUACCUGAGAGAUGCGGGCUACCUCAAAUAGAUUAAACACAAUAAACCAGUACUGCUCCUUGAAGCACUAGGUGGUUGUAUUUAUCUCCUGUGUGGUUUUAUAUUGCCUUAAAUUGUGACGAGACCUUAAUUUUACACACUUAUUCCAGUAUUUAUCAAAGGCAUUCUAAAGAAAUAACAACAAGGUGGCUGCUACAAUUUAGCUUGAGUGCCUGCAGCCUAACCAAACAUUACGGCAUGCUAUUACAGUGUAAUAUAAACCAAAGCAUCAUCAUUAUUACUAUUAAUUCAGAAUGUAUUAUGUCUUGAUAUCUCUCCUGUAAGUGAGAGUGGUUUGUAUGUUUGCUACAUAAGGAAUAUUCCAAUAAAAUGAGAUGAAAAGCCAA